UGAAUUUCAAAUUCAAAUCUUUUUAACUAAGUUAAUACUUUAAUAUAUUAAUAGAUAUAAUUAACAUCGACACUGCUUAUAAAAAAUUCUUAAAACGCAUUCUCUCUCACACACCUUUACCAAACAUUCCUCCAAACCCUCAAAUCCAUUAAAUCUCCAUUUUCUACGGAUAAUUUCAUAAAGAAAAAAAAAAGAACAUGCUGCCAUCACCUAUCCUUUCUGACUCCAGCUAAACAAAAAUGGAUCAUUUAGAAAGAAAAAAAAACAAUUCAUUCUAAUUUUAAUUAAUUAGCCAGACAGAUUAUUCCUAAUUAUAUACAUAUAUUUAUAGAGACCAUUUUCCAUUAAUUUCAUUCUUGGGUCUCUGCAUUUUCAUAAACAAGACCCGUAUUUUCUUGAGUCUUUUUAUAGCAAGCAACCUUUAUGUCUUCAACAUAUUAUUUUUUGUAAUUGGAAAAAAAAAAUAGGAUCAAGAUUGGAGAACUUGGUUGUUUUUUUUGUUGUUCAUUUUUUAGAAUAAAAGACAUGAAUUGUUUUUCAUGUUUUUCGUUUAAUGAGAAUAAAACAUCUAAUAAUAAUAAUAAUAAAAAGAAAAGAAAAGAAACAUCAACUUCUGUUCAUCCUCAUAGAGAAAAUCUAUCACCAGAACAAGCACAGCCUUUCUCUAAGACAAAGACGCAACAUAAGCCACAUUCUCAACCGCCGCAACGAACACAUCCAGAAAAUAUAAUAAACCAAACGGUUGGUAACUAUAAGAAGGAUGAAGAAAACAAGAAUAUUGCAGCUCAAACUUUCACUUUUAGAGAACUUGCAACUGCUACAAAGAAUUUCCGCCAAGAAUGUUUAAUAGGUGAAGGUGGAUUUGGAAGAGUUUACAAAGGUCACCUUGAUAGAACUGGCCAGGUUAUAGCAGUGAAACAGCUUGACCGUAAUGGAUUACAAGGAAAUAGAGAAUUUCUUGUAGAGGUGUUGAUGUUGAGCCUUCUUCACCACAAUAAUCUUGUGAACCUCAUUGGUUAUUGUGCUGAUGGAGAACAAAGACUUCUAGUUUAUGAGUAUAUGCAACUGGGAGCCCUUGAGGAUCAUCUAUUUAAUGUUUCAGGAGAAGGAAGUCCAUUAGAUUGGUUUACAAGGAUGAAAAUAGCAUCAAAUGCAGCAAAGGGUCUAGAAUAUUUACAUCAUAAAGCAAAUCCACCAGUCAUAUAUAGAGACUUGAAAUCCUCAAAUAUUUUAUUGGAUAAAGAAUAUAAUGCUAAAUUAUCAGAUUUUGGUUUAGCAAAACUUGGACCAAUGGGUGAUAAUUCACAUGUUUCUUCCAGAGUUAUGGGAACUUAUGGUUAUUGUGCUCCAGAAUAUCAAAGAACAGGACAACUUUCUGUUAAAUCUGAUGUUUAUAGCUUUGGUGUUGUUUUAUUGGAGCUAAUUACUGGAAAAAGAGCUGUUGAUCCUACUAAAAAUGGACAUGAACAGAUCUUAGUGGCUUGGGCGGAACCAAUUUUCAAAGAUACAAGUAGAUAUUCAGAAUUGGCAGAUCCAUUAUUUAAAGAAGAUGUUCCAAAAAGAAGUUUUAAUCAAGCGGUUGCGAUUGCUGCCAUGUGUCUACAAGAAGAUCCGACCGUUCGUCCAUCGAUCAGUGACGUGGUUACUGCUCUCACAUUCCUUUGGGCCGAAUCGGGUAAAGGGUUCGGGUCACCAGUUUCUCCGGUUUCUACCUCAUUGCCCGUUUCAUCGUCUGAUAAUGAAGAAAGUCAUGAAGAAAAAAAGAUUACAGAACGAGAAAGAGCGGUUGCAGAAGCCAUUGAAUGGGGUUCGAAUUCAAGAACUCAAAAUGAAAGACUACCAUAAUCUUUCAUAGUGACGUACGUAAAAUUUUGCGCAAAUUAAACCAAUAUUAUCGAUUUAAUGUCAUAAUUGUUCGACCUGUAAUUGUAAGUGAGUUCCAGUCUGAGACUAUAUAGAGUGGUCUUAAAGACUUUAUUAAUUACUUGAUAUCUCAAAAUUAAUAUUUAUUUUCUACUUUA